AUUUGACAUGUGGGCACAUGAACCCUUAAAAAUCUGAUUUGACAAACCUGUUUGCAAACAUUUAUCCAUGUACACAUCUUUUAUCUAUAGAUUUCAUAAGCUUCAGAACGGUCUGAUUGUUGACUGGUUAAAAGCUUCAAGUGUUCAUCAGCAGUUAGUGACCUGAGCAGAGAGAGUGAAGAGAGUUCAUCAGUUUCUUCUGGUGGAAAGGAUCCAAAAAAUAAAGUUGUGAACUGCAAAACCAAAGGAUGUUCUGCAAAGAAUAACAGGAGGACGAGGGCAGCUGCUGUCACUACUAUUACCGCCUGGACUGCUACUGAUACCAGAACUACCUCUGUUCAUUGUCAUGAACAGGAAUUUGCAAAGGGGAUAUACAAGCAAACUUUGCUAUUUCUCUUCCUCUGUUUGUUUGGUAUGCAAAUAAAGCACUCACCUGUCCGUGGAUGUUUCCUGGGUGUUACUCAAACGAGCCCCUCCUCUCAGUGAGCGCUGUAAGGUUCUUUAUAGUCUUGGUGGACUACGUGACCUGCAGCGGCUGACAGGCGAUGGAAAUAACAGGACAAGCUGCACAGCCUCUUACAUGUAGUAAUGACAGUGAAAGGGUCGACCCCUAUGGCUUUGAGAGACGGCAUGAUUUUGAGUCCUACAAAGAGAUGAUGAACGAGUAUGUAGCUGUCCUCAACAGAAGAUCAAUGAGAUGGUCAAAGCUCCUUCAAGAGAAACCUCAUGUGGAGAAGAACGUGACAGUGAAAAGGUACGUGCGGAAAGGUGUGCCAAACGAGCACCGGGCCAGGAUUUGGAUGGCAGCCAGUGGUGCACAGAAACAACUGGAGAGCAACCCGGGUUAUUACCAGUCUAUGCUGGCCAUGGAGCAUGACACUACUCUGAAGGAAACCAUCCGCACAGACAUGCAUAGGACCUUUCCUGACAAUGUCCUCUUUAAGAGCAAAGCAGAGCCGAGCCUGCAGAAAGCCCUGUUCAACGUGCUGCUGGCCUAUGGACACCAUAACAAGGCAGUGGGUUACUGUCAGGGUAUGAACUUCAUAGCUGGCUACCUCAUCAUCAUCACCAAAGAUGAAGAGAACUCAUUUUGGCUAAUGGAUGCAUUGCUGGGCAGAAUGCUCCCAGAUUACUACAGCCCUGCCAUGAUGGGCCUGAAGACUGAUCAGGAGGUUCUUGGGGAGCUGGUGAAGGCUAAAGCUCCUGCAAUAGGGCAGCUCAUGGCCCAGUUCCCUGGCAUAUGGACGCUGGUGGUGUCACGCUGGUUCAUCUGCCUUUACAUUGAUGUACUCCCAAUUGAGACAGUUCUGCGGGUCUGGGAUUGUCUUUUCUACGAAGGCUCCAAGGUUCUUUUCCGUGUUGCUCUGACUCUCAUCAUUCAUCACCAGCCGGAGAUCUUGAGAGCUCGCUCUUUGAUCGAUGUGUGUGAGUGUUUCAAACAAAUCACCGGUGGAACUUUCACUCUGGACUGUCACACCUUCAUGCAGAAAGUCUUCACUGAACCAGGAAGCCUGUCGAUGGCGACAGUCGAGAAACUGAGAGAGAAAUGCAGACAGCGAAUACUGGAGGAGGAAUCUAGACAGCCGUAGUGUUCUUGGCUCCAACAGCUUUCCUUACAGAGUGAGAGUAAGACUCUGUACUAUCAGGGAGAUUUACCUACCACCAACCAAAGUCACACCAUCGCCUUUUCUUUGCUUCUUUGUAUUUUCUAUAAUACACUCCAACUCAGCGGACAGGGACAUAUAAAGGGUGUGGUGAAGCUUCUGAGCUGAUGAACUUUUUUCUGCUGCUAAAACUGAUACUUUGUGAAAACCAUUGAAUCUGUCGUGUUUUUAUUACUUGCACUUUAGUAGUAAUAUCUGCAGAAGUGGUGUGGGAGAGGGGACAUGUGUUUUGUUGCUGGGGAGAAUAAGGGAAUUCAUGUUGUUUACACUGAGACUCUGUUGAACGGACUGUUUCUUUUGAUGAAGUAAAAAUAAAAAUGACACUUCUGGA